AGCUGCGCGGUAAGCAGAGACCCGUUGCGCCUCUUUAACUCGAGUGGUCUAACUAACUUAUCGUACUAGCUAUCGCUGGGGCGAGGCUUUGACACCAUCUAUCGAAAAUGACUCAGGAAUGAGUCUCUAGCGUUCACUGUUAAGAUAGGUCGCGAGCACAGAGACUGUUAAAGAUCCAGCGCGCGCCUAUGGUUUCUUUUCUUCAGUUGGUUCCCAUAAAAGACUGACGAUGCCUAAGCCUAUCAAUGUCCGUGUCACCACUAUGGAUGCCGAGCUGGAAUUUGCGAUCCAGUCAGUUACAACAGGCAAACAGCUCUUUGAGCAGGUGGUUAAGACGGUGGGUUUGCGUGAGGUCUGGUACUUUGGUCUUCAGUACACAGACAACAAAGGCUUUCUGACAUGGCUGAAACUGGACAAAAAGGUGUCCUCUCAAGAGGUAAAGCAAGAGAACCCUCUGCAGUUUAAGUUUCGGGCCAAGCACUACCCUGAGGACGUGUCUGAGGAACUGAUUCAGGACAUCACAAAAAAGCUUUUCUUCCUGCAAGUGAAGGAAGGCAUCUUGAGCGAUGAGAUCUACUGCCCCCCAGAGACAGCAGUGCUAUUGGCCUCAUAUUCUGUACAGGCCAAGUUUGGAGACUACUCACCAGAACCCCAAAAAACUGGAUACCUGUCGUCUGAGAGGCUUCUGCCUCAGAGAGUGCUUGACCAGCACAAACUGUCUAAAGAGCAAUGGGAGGAGAGGAUCCAGAUUUGGCAUGAGGAGCACAGAGGAAUCCUCAAGGAAGAUGCCAUGCAGGAGUAUCUGAAGAUCUCACAGGAUUUGGAGAUGUAUGGCGUCAACUAUUUUGACAUCAAGAACAAGAAAGGAACAGACCUGUGGUUAGGCGUGGAUGCUUUGGGGCUUAACAUCUAUGAAAAAGAAGACAGGCUGACUCCAAAGAUUGGAUUUCCUUGGAGUGAAAUAAGGAACAUCUCAUUCAACGACAAGAAGUUCAUAAUCAAACCCAUUGACAAAAAGGCUCCCGACUUUGUGUUCUAUGCAUCUCGUUUACGUAUUAACAAGCGCAUCCUGCACCUGUGCAUGGGAAACCAUGAACUUUACAUGCAACGCAGGAAACCUGAUACCAUUGAGGUACAGCAGAUGAAGGCACAAGCCAGAGAGGAGAAACACCAGAGACAGAUGGAGAGAGCCCAGCUAGAGAAUGAGAAGAAGAAAAGGGAGGCAAUAGAGAAAGAAAAAGAGAUUGUGGAGAGAGAGAAGCAAGAGAUGAUGAUGAAGCUUUUACAGGUUGAAGAGCAGACCAAAAAGGUUGAGAGAGAUCUGAUGGAGCAGUUUGAGAGGGCACGGAUAUUGGAGGAAGAGAGGCGGCGGGUGGAGGAGGAGGCAGCGCGUCUGGAGGCUGAGAGACAGCUGGCACUGAUAGCUAAAGAAGAGCUGGCCAGGAAAGCGGAGGAUCAGAUGAAAAAUCAGGAACAGCUGGCAGCAGAGCUGGCAGAGUUCACUGCAAAGAUUGUCUUGCUGGAGGAAGCCAAGAGAGUCAAGGAAGAGGAAGCCAAUGAAUGGCAGAACAGGGCUAAAGAGGUUCAGGGCGAUCUGGAAAAGACCCGUGAGGAGUUGCAGCAUGUUAUGUCGUCCCCUGUGGUCGCUGCCCCCAUGGCCGCCCCUAUGGCUGCCCGGGCCAUGAUGGAGGAGCCCUUGGAGAACGAUCAUGAUGAUCACGAGGAGAACAACAGCACCUACAGUGCUGAGUUGCCUGUGGAGGGCAUAGAGGACCACCGCAAUGAGGAGGAGCGCAUCACAGAGGCGAAUAAGAACGAACGUGUGCAGAAACAGCUCAUGGCCCUGAGCUCUGAGCUGGCCGAGGCCCGUGAUAACUCUAUGAAGACUCAGAACGACAUUCUGCACAAUGAAAACGUAAAGGCCGGGAGGGACAAGUACAAGACGCUUCGUCAGAUCCGCAUGGGCAACACCAAGCAGAGAAUAGAUGAGUUUGAAGCCUUGUAAUGGCUGAUCAAUUCUCCAGUAAACGCGCUCUGCUCAUGUGUUGCUGUUCAAGGGUGAAUUUAUCUAAUCAUAAAUGGUCUCACUUUGUAUUUGCCAUUUAAAAUGACUGGGUUAUUUACACACUACACACUACUGUACACAAUAGUACGGUUCGACAAAUAUGGACAACAUGCUCAUUGAAGGCACUAAAAUGAUGUGUAUGUUUUAAAGUUUAUCUUGAGAACACUCUUGAGAUCCUAUUUAUGCUAAUUGUGCCAAAGGCUUUGUCUUUGUCUUUUAAAUCAUGUCAUCUUUUAUGGGAACAUUUUUAAUGUGGCUAACUUAAGAUCUUUAUGUGUCAUGAAACGCAUCAGUUCCUCACAAAAAGGAGUUUUUAUGCUUGGAAAGCGUAGAUAGAGUUUGAGGAUUGUAGAUAAUUAUCUAAAACAUGGAUGAGAUCAAAUCGUGGCCAUAACAAACAAUUUUAAUGUUUUUAACAGAUUCUUGAUUAAUUAAAUCCUGCAUAGUAAAUUAGAUUUUCUAUGUAAUAUUUUGAAAUAAAAAUAUGAAAUUGAUUUGAA